AUGAUUAGUCGACGUGCAUCACCCGGUAUCAGCCUAGGAGCGGACAAUCAUGGACGUCUAUUUGAAAAAUCAGUUCGAGAACGAAACUUGAAGAAAACUAAACCUGGAGUACUAGCUGCACAAUACAGACUCAAUGUUCCUGCUACAAAAACAUCCCAGUCAAGUAAAAUACUUAGGCCAAAGAAACAUGACAUGGUUCAGAUGGUCCGAGACGAAGUCGAGGAUAGUAAUGUUUUCGAUGUACCGAAAAAAGAAGAGAGAGAAGUUAAAGAAAUUAGGCUGCUUAAUUUAGACGACUCUGAUUUUUCAGAUGAGGAAGAUGAACUUGAGCUAUAUUUCAUGAGUCAACGGCCAAAAGAGAAGAUGUCUCAAAAACUUUAUAAAGAGGCUUGUAAGACAUUACAGAUCACGCCGAUGCAAAUGUUUCAUAAAGCUUUGGACACAGAUGAAAUCCGAGUUAUCGGAGUGACGAUGAAACCAAAAGAUACAAAGGCGUGUGCAAUAGCUCUUUGUCGAGACAGUGAAGUAGAGAAGCUGACAUUUGACGGGAAUGAUCUAGGAAGCAGUGGUGCUAUGUAUAUUGCUGAUGUGGUGGACAGGAACACAUACUUGAUAGAAUUAAGUAUUACAGAAAACAAUAUUGGAAAACAAGGUGCUGAAGCUAUAUGUGAAGCGUUGAAGAAUAAUAAUUACCUGAGAAAGUUAGAUUUAUCAGGUAAUAACUUGACGGAGGGCGAUGCUGUUCAUUUCAAAGAAAUGUUAGAUGAGAACCAUGCCCUUAGAGAACUUCAUCUGAAACACAAUAAAUUUCACGAAAGAGGAGGCGAAAUAUUUGCAGAAGGAUUAGCUGUUAAUGACUUCCUCAAAGUUCUUGAUUUAAGUUGGAAUCACUUACGACUCCGUGGAGCCACAGCUAUUGGUAGAGCUUUACAGAAAAAUCGCCAUCUGGAAAAACUUGACAUUUCUUGGAACGGCUUCCACUUAACAGGAGCAGCAACUAUCAGUUACGCCCUAACAAUGAAUACAGCACUUAUUGAACUAGAUAUGAGUUGUAACAGACUUACAGACGCAUGCGCAAAAUGUCUUAUAAAAGGAAUUGAGAAAAAUUCAACUCUGAAAAUUUUGAGGCUUGGAAAAAAUCAAAUGUAUCCCGUCAGUGCAAUGGCCAUACUGGAAUGUAUAGAUCAAUCCAUAUCAGGAAUACAACUCUUAGAUCUUGGGGACCAAUGUGUUAUGGAUACAUUUGAAAAAUUAUAUAAUGAAAUGAAAAAAAGAAAAGAUUCCUUUAAAGCCAUUUAUGGAUAUGUUUGGGACACGAAUCGCGAAGGAAUUUCACAAACUGAUGUAAACGAAGAUGAAAAGGAUCUCAUUGACGAGGACCCAUUACUUGUCUUAUUUGAAUAUGCCCGACUUCAAAACUUUCGUCUUUUGGACAUGUUUACUAUAUUAGACACAGAUAAAAGUGGAUCUCUUGAUAAACAAGAAUUCAAAGAUGGAUUAGAGCAAGUGAAAAUACCAAUGUCAGAACCAUCUCUGAACCUUUUGAUAAAGAAGAUGGACAAAGACGGAGAUGGUGAAAUAGAUUUUGGGGAACUGAUUUCAGCUCAAAAGUUGCAUAAAGAAAAAUUGAGGGAUUUUAUGAGAGCUGAGGUUGAUUUGGAGAACACAGAAAUAGGAAGAAUCGACCGGAAGAUAAGAAUGGUCAUGAGCAGACGACAUUUAAUGAAAAAGAAGAAAACAGAAAUGAAAGAUCUUCUCAAAGUUUUAACAAAAGCAGCUAGACCCGUAGAAGAAGACAUACCUGUGGAAGAAGACAUACCUGUGGAAGAAAAAGUUGCUAGGGAUCUGAAAUCUACUUUACAAAAAGGCUUUCCUAAAAUGGCAAAUCUUAUGAAUUUCCUUCCAGAUAUAAAGCAAAGACUGUCAUUAGUCACUCAAACAGAGGCAGAAGGAAACAACAACCAACCAGUGGACGCACCAGAUGAAAGCAACCAAUCAGGAGACACAUGAAAACAACAAACAUUUAAGAAAUGUAUAAGUGAUAAAUUAAACUGCUCUCUAAAAACGACAAAUGAAAAAACAAAAAAUUUUGAAGAAUAAAUGAUACAGCUCCCAGGGAUGAAAAUUAACAAGGGCAACGUUGACCACAAUCCUUAACAUAUGGCCUUGGCUACUAAACGUUUCUUCAUUUUUAUUUAGUUAGAAGAAAUUAGACUACUACAUUAAAAUUUCUCAACAAAAAUUCCGUUUCAGCUGGUUUUGAUUUAUAUAAUUUAUAUAUGCUGGUUCACCGAAAGUGACAUAAACAGCAUGCCUGAACAUCGAUAUUAAAUACUUAAUUUGAAAACUGGAUUAAUUUAUCAUUGACAAUCAACAAAACAUGUAAAAUUAAAUAUUAUUUAUGUUUG